CGCAUACACCGACACCCUCAACCUGAGUUCAGUGGAAGAUGCCAUGCUGACAGCAUACGCUGCCAAAAAGUACCUCCUCCCCCACCUCCUCAGAGAGUGCUUCGUCUUCAUCGAAGCUCACGUCUCCCCCAAAAACGUCUGCCAAGUCUACGAAUUCGCCGUCGUCCUCGAAGCCCACCACCUCAUCUACGAAUGCCUCAACAUCAUCGACAGGCAGACACACCACGUCCUCACCUGCACCACAUUCCCCUCCGUCUCUGUCUCCACCCUCGAAACCAUAGUGGGACGACCCUAUCUCAACAUCUACUCAGAGUUCUCACUCUAUUCCGCAGUCCAUCUGUGGGCCGAAGAAGAGUGCAAAAGACGGAGUGUAGAAAUCGAAAUGGACAACCUUCGCAUCGUCUUGGACAGCGUCCUGCCGCACGUCCGGUUUCUGGCCAUGUCCGCCGAGGAGUUCUGUAAAGGUCCAGCAAAGAACGGACUCCUCUCCAAAGACGAGUGCUACGCCAUUUUCAUGAAUCUGGCCAUACCGGGAAUAGUGCCGAUGCCCAAAGGCAUCUCAUCGGACAUGACCAAGAGGACGGUCCCACCCGAUUUCUUCAUCGCCAGUCGGUUCAAACCGACCGGAUUCCACUCGCCGGUCAGACCGGUGCGUGUCUGCGGCAUCCGAUUCACAGUCACCAACCACGACAUAUUCCUGGUGGGGGUGGGGUUUCCGGUCAGACUGGACACGAAUUACUUCUCGGUGAGGCAGCCGAAGUUCGAAGGUUCCCUCCGAUUCUUGUACAAGAUACAAGAAGAUAAAAUCGAGAGGGAGGACAUGUCGGUGAGUUUCAGCCUGGCCAGAGACAAAGACGUCAGGCUGAGAUUGAGGAAGACGUACUACGUGCGGAAAGGGGUGGAAUGCGAACUGGAACUGCACGUCAAUUCCAUGCUGGCGGAAGACGUGGUCAUUCCUAACAUGAGAAACAGGAAGAAGGAAGACACCGUCGAUGGAAUUACGUUCCAUUUCCACCAGUUCAACAGGGGACAGGCGAACAAUGCUUCGGAGACUAUGGAAUUCUCCGAAAUAUAUUACUAUUUUUAAUUCUUCGGUUUUUAAAAGAUGUGACAGGGUCAUUCAAAACGGAUUAUAGAAAUAGAAUUUAUCACACUGAAUGUAGAAGGAACUUUGUAUACAUCCCAGAUAGCAAAAUAAGCUUUCAAUGUAAAAAUGUUUUUGUGCGGUUUACGUGUAAACCUUAAAACGAGAUGUGUACGCACAUUACCCUCAUCCAAAAUCUUGGAAAAAACAACAAUGAUCUAUACAAAAACCUGAAGGUGAAAAAAUCCUUUCAUCAAAGCUAAUCGCAAGGAGAAAAAAAUCCUAUCGUGACCUCAGCUUAAACGUCAUGACCUACUUUUUUUAAAAAAAGGCGUUCUUUUUAGGAUGCACUAUUUUUGCUUCAUUUGGAAGUCUAUGGUCACAAGGCGGUAUUUUAUUAUGAAUCAUUUAUGCAGUCACUGAAAUGCGUUCUUCAAUUGUUUUGAUUGAGCCGUGAUGGCUCUGCAAUGAAGUGAACCGGGUUCGAAUCCCAGGCGACGGCUUAUCGAUACGCACUGACCACUGCUGACUUUCUCAGCGGUUGCCGUCAAGCUUACCGUGGGACGCGGGUAAGUUCCAUCCUAAACGAAAAUGAAUUUCUCCCCAUACUUGAAGGUCUACUGAAUAGGGUUCAAACUGACAAGGAUCUUCAGUAACCCCAAAAUAUUAGGUCGACUGUUCAACAACGGUUAUAAAAAUAAAAUAAUAUUGUAUUUGAAAUUUCUUGCACUGUGAAUGACUUCGCUAAUGAACUCGCGUAUAGAAGUUCCAUCUACAUUCUAUGUUAUCGAUAAAUAAUUCAUUUUGAAUCACCCUGUAUUGAAGGCAGCAGUUUUUAUGCAUACAAUCGAUGGAAUUUUAUUCCAUUGUGAGACGAUGGAAUUUUCCGGACUAUCUCUUCGGCGAGGUUUUUUAAAAGGUUUGAGAGUUGAUGAAGGAAAGUACACUAUCCGACCAAAAGUAUCCAGUAUCAUCCCAAAUAGCAAAAUAAGGUUUAUUUUAACUCAGCAAAAACCUUUUAAUGUAAACCUGAAAAAGGUUUUUUGCGCUGUUCACGUGUAACCUUAAAACGAGAUCUGUGACUCUAUUCUACGAAACCUCAUCUAAAACCUUCUAUAGAGGUUGUUUUAGGGUCUAAUCUGGGUCAUUAUAAGGUUUUUCCCUCAACGUCUUGCAUGCCUUGUCAUGAAGUUUUAAUGGCAAUUUUGAUCCUAUGGACCUAAGUGACAACUUCUUUUAACAAAGAAAAUGAUUCCUUUUUAGGUUUGAAAAGGUUUUUCGUACGUAAGGAUAGCUGCCAAUAUGGAUAGAGUAGCUUUACGAAAUAAUAUAAAUUUCAUGCUAACUAGCGUAUAAUAUUUUACACAUAAUGAAUGACAUCAAAAUACAAAAACUCAAUGAACGGUAAACCAGUUAUGAUUGCCAUAUUUAAUGCUUUUUCUUACGUUCACUCACCAUUGUCAAUAGACAAGUCAUUUAGUAUGGGUUGUUUAAAGAUAUUUCAUUUAAAAAGAGAAUUCCAAAUAAAAUUAAACUAAAAAUUUUAGAAGAAAAGCUUUAAGCUGAAUACUAUAAAUUGAAGCUUAUUUCCUGACGCAACACUCAUUUUCAAGCAAGCCAUAAACUGUGAAAAAGUUUGCCACAAUAGCGAUAUUUUUAUGGAACUUAAUUAUGGGGACUAUUCUAAAAUGUAUAAGAAAACGGGAGAAAUUUAAUUAAACAAGGUGAGAGUGGCAAAAUCCUUGGCAGUGGAUUUAGAGAGUCCUGAGGCAACAUAUUAAUAGGAUCGAUGAGACAACCUUCUGGGAAGACCACCAGUUUUUCGACUAUAACAGUGCUUUGCAGUGCGUCCCCGAUUCCUCCCAAAAGGUGUUUUUAUGGGAAGGCAGUUUUUCACCAAACGCCUCGAUGAUGUUUUUUUCUACACCAGGGACAAUACAUCCAGAGUAUUUUUAAAGCCAUUUGACUCACGACGUUGAGAUUCUUGCAAACGUUGGUAUUUCAUUACUUGUGUUCACAAUUUCUAAAGGGUGCUAACACUAACGUAAGAUGGUGCACAGCUUGCAACAAGAGCAAACAGUAAUAAACAAGAUGCCAAAUCAGGACUGCCGAGUUAUUCACGCCACCAUGUUACCUUUUUUAACACUCUAUCUAUAAAUAACUAAAACAAAUUGUCACUUCAAACUCACCAGAAUUACUUAAUAACAUUAAUAUCUCAUGAAAUACGGCAGAUUUUAGCUCAGAAAUUUUCUAAUUUACUUCUUUUAUUGAAAACAAAAUGAUCCGUUUGAAAAUAUAGCCUCGCAGAAUAAGCUGUAGUAAGCAGUUGCAAACUUUCUAACCGGAACUAGAGCAGGUAUGGAGCUUGUUAUAUUGAAAGCACCAUCCUCCCAACUAACAGAGAAGCAUAUCAUUAUAUUUCCACCACCAUAAAUAACAAGCUGGGAUACUUUUGGUCAGACAGUGCAUUGAAUGAAUAGUUGGUUUGUGGCUACAAGAACAAAAAGCAAAGUAACAAAUAUUUUACAUUUUUUUUAAACAUCUUAAAUCGUGUAAUUUUCAAAUAUGUAAAUAUGUGCAGCAUUCAUAGUAUCAUUUUUUGUACAACUCGUGAUUGUGUAAACAAUAUUUUCUUCUUAAAUGUAUUGGAAUUAUAGGAUGCUAUUAAAUUUUAUUACAAUCUCUUAUUUGUACAAAAAAUAAACGCCAUCCCGUAAUGAUAACUAACUUUAGAGAGCAGAUAUCUGUGCAUUUUAAUAGUUGUUUCUGAGCCAAGAGUUUCUUUUGUUAGACAACGCAUAAUAAAAUAUAUGUAUGGAAUGACCGAUA